AUGGGGACACAGAAGCGUAGCGAGUCGGGAGGCGAACCGGAAGAGGCGAGAAGGCACGGGCCGCCACAACGGCAGUUUGUCGAACAAGCCCAGGUUGCGCCGCUCGAAGCAGAGAGCAGGGCGCCAGGAGACGCCCGAGUGCCCAUGGAGAAGCGGAAUGGAGACAGGGACUCCCGGGCUGUCGACUGGCAGGUCUUUGAAUUUUUCAGCGGAAUAGGAGGCCUGCAUGCAGGGUGGGAUCGCGCCGUGGAGAUCUUCAACUGCGCAUCCAGCGCGUUCGCAUCCGCGGUCGUUCUACAGGCGCCAGUGUGUCGCGCGUACGAUGUGAACGCAACAGCCAAUCAGGUCUACGUGCACAACUUUGGACUGUCUCCGCAGCAUCUAUCCUUGGAGCAUCUUCCGGCGUCGCUGCUGGGUGCCGAGCGCGAGGGCGGGAGUGUUCCCAGCUCCGCGGCAAAAACGGCGACGGCUCGUGAGGCGAUGGAUGCGAUGCGCCUGGACGCGGUCGACGAAACGAAGGAGGUAAAGAAGGCGAACGCCUCGACGCGCCGGACCGGGAAGCCAACGCCCGCGAGGGACUAUGAGCAGCGACAGAAGCCGAAACCGAAGAAGGAAGCAGACGUGUGGCUCCUGUCGCCGCCGUGUCAACCGUACACGCGGGGUGGGAAGCGCGAGGAUCUCCACGACCCACGUGCUCGAGGCCUUCUAAACCUUCUCGACUGCCUCGAGCGUCUGGCGGAUCCACCAAAGUUGCUGUUUCUGGAAAACGUUCGCGGCUUCGAGGAGUCCCAGACGCGGGCGCGCCUUCUGAAAGUCUUGCGACAGAGAGCGUACCAGGUCGAGGAGUUUCUCCUCUCGCCCACGCAACUGGGGUUCCCCAACACGCGCGUCCGAUACUACUGCCUGGCAACACGGGCUGGCGGAGCUGAGGAGGGCGGCGACGAAGAAGGAAGUUGUUGCCUUGGGGAGAAACGUCAAGAGCAGGAGGAGCCCACCAGCGAGGAGGCAGACACUGGAAGCGGCGAGCGCGAGCCGAGCGCGCGAGACGAGGCGCACAGGCCUCGAGACGCGACGCUCUGCCCCUCUUUUUUCGAGGCGAGAAAAGAGGCAACUCAAGAAGAGACGCACAGUGGCUGUCUGGCAGCGAGAGGCGAAGCUCUUUCCACGCAUGCCAACUUAGGCGAAGACCAUUCAGACACCCAAAGCCCUCUGUGCAUCAGUCCGCCCGCAGCCGCCCUCGACUUGUGGUGUCAGCACGCCGGAGUGCCCUGCGAGUGCCUGCGUGCAGGCGCAGACCCCGUUCCGGUGGCGGGUUCGGAGCCGUCGGCGCGACCUGACGCUUCCCCUUCCUCUGUCUCGUGUGCGCCUCCGUUCACGAUUCGCCAGCCCGUGUCCCGGCCGAUCGGCGCGUUUCUCGACUCCUCGCUGAGUGCCGAGAAGCUGCGGGAGCUAACGGUUCCCUCUGAAAAACUCCGACGCUUCAUCGACUUUGCUCGCCCGGGAUGUUCCCACGCGUGCUCUGCGGCGAGGCCGCCGCGCGCCGCCACGCGCUUCCACAAGAACCGCGAGCGCCUCGCAGACUCUCCGGCGGGCGCGGCUGCGAGGCAAACGGCGGAGAGGCUUGAGCCGGAGACGCCUGGCGCGAGCGCACGGGUGGGUUCGAGCAUCUCGAGGGGCGCACACGAGACGCAGGUCGCGCAGGAACGGCCAAGUGGCGAGUUUGCGGUGCGUGCCGAGUGCAGGUGCGUCUGCUGUCAACAGGGAAACUGCGUGUGCGCCAAGUUCGCGUUCCGUCUGGAUGUGGUGACUCCCGAAUCAACGGCGAGCAGCACUUUCACAAAGGGAUACACAGCCAACAUCCACACAGGAGGACCUCUCCUGCUCGUCCCAGCUUCGUCUCCUGUGUCCCCUUCUCCCGCGUUGCCUUGCGAAAGGCCCACGUCGUCACGCCCAACUUGGUCUGCUCGCUCGUCGUCUUCCUGGCUCUCUUCCUCCUCUUCUGGCUCACCUGUUUCUGCCCGCACCGCGUCGUGUGUGCGUCCUCCGGGAUCGGCUCUGUGCCCGUCUGUUACUGGGGUGGGGAAUCCUUAUCAGCACGUGUUUGCGACGGAGGAACUGGACAAGACGCGGUUUCAGCACGACCUCCGCGAGACCGACGUCGUCCGUUUCUUCUCGCGCGAAGAGCUGUUGCGGCUCCACGGCUAUCCGCCGGCCUUCUCGUUCCCCGACUCGAUUCGGGAUAAGAAAGCGGCGAGUCUGGUCGGGAACUCGGUGAAUGUGGACGUCGUCGCCGUGUUGCUGGUGCAUCUGCUGCUCGGCUUCUUCUCUUCCGCACGGGACGCCCUCAAGGCAGACUCCGGCGCCGUUCGCGAGCCCGCGCCUUAA